UCUUGUGUCUUCAUUUCUGGAGGCUCGAAAGAUAGCAUACGAUUACGCUUCCACUUUCGGGCGCUCUCCUCUUCUCUAUGUGGAAUCUGGUCGGCUUUUUCAACACUGCUCGCGAAUGAAUCUUACGGACCGGGGUAUACUUUUCUUUUUUGAAAGGUCAACCGAUAAACUGUGGAGCGACCCUUUUUUUCCUUCUCCUUUUCUUUUUUCUCUGCGUCUCAUCAUCACUCUUUUUAUGGUGCUACGGCUCGGAACGGCGAAUUUGAGCAUUUAUCUGCUUUUUGUUGUUUUUUUCUUUUUCUUUUCUUCAAUUUCCUUCUGCUUCAUUUCCGGCGUGAACCAUUUAAUACUAGACUUCGAUUUUUCGCUGAUUACAUGACCACUACACCGAUUCUUGUUCUUUCUCCAGCCGCCUCGCCACUAAUCCGCCGUCGGCUCACUCUGGAUG